AUGGAUUUUGCCUACGAUCAUAUAGCAGAGCAGCAAUUCAAAGCUGAAGACCGAGCAACAACACCGAUACCCACUACCUCUACUACCGCAACUGCAGCCAAUGACCCGGCAACCCCCAGAGCAACCCCUUCUGUUCCCAGACAGAACCUUCAAACCGAGUUUCAAGAAACAUUCAAAGCCUUCUCCAAUUCUCCUUGGGGUGCCACUUUGGGAGGCUUAUGGGGCAAUGUCAAAAAGCAAAGUGAGACCUACUACGAAGAGGCAAGAAAAGAGGCCGCUGAAGUUGCAAGCGAGGUAGAGGCUCUCAGACUCAAAAGUUUCAAGGGUCUCGGAUUUGGAGCCGACAGUUCGGCAGAGCAUAAAGAUAAAGAUACACAAUCUGAUGCGGCAGCAGCACGGUUGGUCGAUGGGCCAAGCCGAGAUGGAGACCAGAAGGCUUUGGACGAUACAGACACCUUCCUCGAACGGUUCAAGAGCGAGGCUGCCAAACGACUGAAAGAAGUGCAAAAGGCUGAAGAUGCUGCUGACGAAGCUCUUCUCAGAUUCGGUACCAACAUCAGAAACUUCCUUCGAGAGGCUGUGGCAGUCACUGCCCCAGAAGAUGCUCGUCAGCCUGGUGAGGUCAUGUUUGAAAGCAAAGAUUCAAAUACUGGAAAAAGAGUCAUUCAUACUAGCAGGUUUGAUGCUCAAUUACAUGUCAUCCACACUACUUCAACCAGCUUCACGCUCGACCCAACCGGCGCCGGAAACCAAUGGGACGAUUUCAAGCAAGCAUUUGACAUUGACAUGAUGACGACAAGAAUUGCUGAAGACUUGGACAAGCACAAUGAAUUGCGGGCCUCAAUGGAGAAGCUUGUGCCAGAGGAGGUUGACUAUAAGUCCUUCUGGACCAGGUACUACUUCUUAAGGCAUGUUGUAGAAGUCCAAGAAGAAAAGAGAAAAGAAUUACUGAAAGCAUCCACCCAUGAUGCCGAAGAAGUCGGCUGGGAUGAGGACUCGGAAGACGAGCAAGACGCAUCGGCCACCCCGCAAUUAAAGCAAAGCCAGGAGCAGCCACCCAAGCUUCUUGUUGCUCAAAGUGUAAAUGAUUCUUCGACCACUCUUCACCAAACACCUGUAGCUUCUGCCGAUCCAGCUUCUCUAAAGCCUGAAUCAUCGGGUCGGAGGUCACACGACGAAAAGUCCGUUGCUGAUAGUGACGCUAGCUAUGACCUUGUGAGUGGGGCUACGAGUCGAGCCCCUGGAAGUCCAAAGGAUGAUGCCAACAAGUCCACAACUGCGAAAAUUGAUGAAAGCGAUGAAGAGGAUUGGGAAUGA